UUCUGGAUCCAGAAGAGAAGACAUGAUGCCAUUGGUUUAGCAACGGAAGGGAACCGACGUAUGUUUGAGUUAGGAGAUCAUGGAUUCCAGGCAUGGUAAAGUUAGAUUGAAAGUAGAAGGUGAUAGACUAAGCAAUUUGCCAAACGAUCUUAUCCAUAAAAUCCUCUCUUUUACUGACGUGAAACAAGCGAUCCAAACAAGUUCAUUUCCAUAACGAACGAACAUGAUCAUAAAAUCCCAUUCCCUUCUUUCUUCAUUCGUGGAACUAAUCUCACAUCAACCUUCACCAUUUGCCAACUUAAAGAGAUUAAAGAUUUAUCCAAAUUGUGUUUCUCGUUUGGCCGAGGAUCAAACAAAACCAGAAGUAACUAUUAUGUCUACUGAAGUUAAAAAGUAUUUGCUAGAUAGUGCUCCAGGUGCCACCUUAACAAUGGUUUCACAUGAUGAGACUAGAGCUGUGAUGAAUGUUCAAUCUGCACGAAGCCUCAUGAGAGAGUUGCAGGAGCUGCUAGAUGAGUGGAAAGAAAAUAGUGAAACAAACACGGCUCAUAUGAAGCAAGACAAGGCACCAAUAGAGAGCCACAUGUCAACGGUACAUGAGCAAGGGGAAGUUGAAGACCAUAAGGCACAACCAGACACAAAAAUAGAAGGGCGUUCUGGUGGAAGAAUGACACAUAUCACGUGCUAUUGGGAAAAUCUGAACGAGCAGUUCAAGAAAGGGAAUGAAAAAACUGGUCACAUACUUUCAAUGUUGCAGAAGAUUGAAGGCGUAAUGACAAAGCUGCCUACAUCACAUCGGGCUAAGUUGCAAGAAAGGUUUUUUGGUUUGUCUGCAGAGGCCGAGGCUAUCAUGGAUGAUGUUAUGGACUGUAUGAAGAUCCAAUAUGAUAAGAAGCCAAGCCGUUCAAAUGUCUACUUUCAUGAACUUGUAGCAUCACAACCGCUUUCUUGACAAACUGUAAGUUCUUGAUUUCCCAUACAUUCACAUCUGCAUUUGAUAACCCUUCUGUAUCAAUUUGUAUAGCUUCAAGUAUUUGAU